UUUGUACGCACCAAUGCCAGGUAAACGAUGGUAGAAAGGAAAAGAUUUGUGGGGAAGGAGAGUGGAGAAAAAGGAGCAGAAGAGACGCAGUGGCAGAAGGAAACCGAACAGCGGGAGCUUCCCGCCCAACCCCGCCGACGGUUUUCUCCUUUACGAUUAUUGAGUGAAUUCAGUUGAGAGUGUAAAAAUGUCGCUGUUGUGGUGUGGUCAUUGUAAACAAAGACGUCCUACCCAACGAGACUCCCAACACUACAUAUGCUGUGACGUAUGUGGAAAAGUUAUCUACGAUGAUUUCAUAACUGAAGAGGAAACUUUUGUUAAAGGUCCUGGGGGAGAGAGCCGUAGGGCAGGUCAUCAUGUAAAAAUACCAGAUGAGUACUCAGAUUCACUUAGAAGGACUUUGGAUAAAGGAGAAUAUGAAAUAAGAUGCAUUGCUUUAAGGUUGAGCAUACAGGAUUCAAUUAUUCAGCCAGCCUCUAGAAUCUACACCAUCGCAGUUCAUCGUAAUUUCACUAGAGGUCGUAGAACGCCACAUGUUGCAGCUGCUUGUCUGUAUAUAGCUUGUCGGACAGCUGAACCACCAAAACCAUUUUUACUUAUAGACUUCUCGGAGACUUUGGCAAUAAAUGUGUAUGUGCUAGGUUCUGUAUUUUUGCAGCUUUGCCAAUUACUAAGCCUCGUGGAGCACGCCUUGAUUAAGAGACCUGUUGAUCCCACCCUUUUCAUACCUCGUUUUACUGAAACGUUGUUAAAGGGAAGAAAUGUUGAGGUUUCCAGAACUGCAAUGCACAUCAUAGCCAGCAUGAAGCGAGAUUGGAUGCAGACGGGCAGGAAACCUAGUGGGCUGUGUGGCGCAGCAUUAUACAUUUCUGCUCUUGCACAUGGGUUUCAAUUUUCAAAAUCAGAUAUUGUAAAAAUUGUUCAUGUUUGUGAAGUAACGUUGACCAAACGUUUGAUUGAGUUCGAGAACACUGAUUCAGGAAGUUUAACUAUUGAGGAGCUAGACAAUUCUGCUAAGGAGCUGAAGAAGAGCAAAUUGCCAUCUUUGGGGUCCCAAAAGUCCCAGGAAUUGCUUUGUAGACAUAAAGAUAGUGGGCAACCUCCUUUUGCCCAUGGACUUUGUCAAAGUUGUUACGAAGAUUUCAUCGAAAUUUCUGGGGGUCUUGGAGGCGGAUCAGAUCCUCCAGCCUUCCAGCAGGCUGAAAAAAUGAGAGCAGCCAACGAAUCUGCUAAGAAAUCAGAUGAAUCUGAUGUUGGAUUUGUGCCUGCAAACAAGGAAAAACCAACUGAGCUUGGAAAUGAAACAGACGAAAAUAUUGAAUCCUUUACUGAACCCAGUCAGAAGGCCCAGCAUGAGAGAUCGGACACCACAAAACUUAAUACGGCUUCAGAUGGAACAACUGAUGGUGCUUCUGAUACUUGUAAUAAAUUCGAUGCAAGUACUAUGUCUGGCGAAGAAUCUGAUGGUCUUUCUGAUAUUGAUGAUAUUGAGGUGAAUGACUACCUUAACAAUGAGGAGGAGACGCGUUACAAAAAGAUUAUCUGGGAAGAAAUGAACAGAGAGUAUUUGGAGGAACAGGCUGCUAAGAUGGAGGCUGGCGAGGGUCUUUCUGCACCCAAGCCAAGAAAGGAGCGACGCCAAAAGCAAGAUCCUAAUGCACCUCCUGCCCAAACUGCUGCAGAAGCAGCCCGUCAAAUGCUAAGCAAGAAGCGGUUCAGUUCGAAGAUCAACUACGAGGCGUUGGAGAAAUGCUUUUCUGGUGAUGUGGGUCCUAAUAAAAAGGCCAAAGUAUCAGGUCAAGAUGAUGAUGAAGAUGAUGGCAGUGGAAAAGGCCCUGGCGGUAACGAGAAAAAGUCGGACUUUGUGGACAAGGAAGAUGAAAUUGGUGAGGAAUAUGAAGACAUGGAAGAAGGGGCCUAUGACGAGGAAACCGCAGGCUACCAAUGGCCGUUAGAAGAGGAUGGUUAUGAUGACUGUGGCUAUGAUGAGGACGAUUUGUGACCUUUGGAUGUUUCUUUCUCCGCAACUGGACCAUGGUGCUGUGGGGGACAACCUUUGCAGCGUUAUUUGACGGUUUUAUUAUUAUUAUUAUUGUUAUUAUUAUUAUUAUUAUAGUACAAUUAGUUGAUAACAAGAGCUAGCUGUUGAUUUCAAAUGUUACUUGUUUUCAAUUUCCUUGUAUAAUAGACUAGGUUUUUCAUAUAGCAUAAACUCCUUGUAAGUUCACCCAAAAAAAAAUAAAAAAUAAAAAAAAAAAUAUCUCCUUG